AUGUCAUAUUCCACCGAUUUCUGUCCUUUUGCAAAAAAAAUAUCAUCUGAUGAUGUAGUCAAUCCAACAAAUGCAACAACACGUUAUGUUGAUGAUUCUGAGUCAGAUAUUGUUUAUCAGAUCUCAAUGUCGAAAAGUACUAAAAAAGGAGAUGAUAUUGUCACAAUUGGUGUACAUGAACUUGUACUUAAUGAAAAGUGUCCUGUAUUUGAUGAUGAUAAUUGUGAAAAAGUAUUUGUUAGUGUAGAAUUUCUUGAUUAUCCAGCAGAAGCUCUUGAAACACCAUAUGCAUUAGUAAAAGGAGAACCAAAUACGAAAUAUAGUUUUGAUUUUCAGACUGAAUGUUCGGUACGUGAUCAACCAAAGAAACAACAACUUGCUGAGCUUGUUGAACCUAGAUCUAGUGGAGAAAUAAAAUUUGUUGUCGUAGCUGAACCACCUGAAGAUCAACCAUCACUUGAUUGUGUUGAUAUUGGUGUUGCAACUGUAAAUGCUAAACAACUUUUACAUAAUCAAACUGAUCAUAUUAAUAAAAGCAUUGAUGGUAAAAUAAGUUUAUUUUUAUU